UCCCCCAGAAGGGAGACAAAGUCUGUUAGCCUUGUGAGGUCAAAGGCUUCCUGAGGCAUUAGAGUUGCCUGCGUUUUUCUGAUGUUCCCUCUGACAAUGAGCUGAAAGAGCUAUUAUUUGGCAUCCAGGAGGGAUGGAGCAUAGAAAACAGCAUUGCCUGCAGUGAUAUGUCCGGUGGUGCUCUGGCCAAAUGAGAUGGCCAAACGUCUUGUGGUGGCUAUUGCUCUCUGGGCUGUGGGGGGCCUUGCUGGGCUUCACCAUCUCUACCUGGGCCGAGAUAACCAUGCCUUACUCUGGAUGCUGACUUUGGGUGGAUUUGGCAUAGGGUGGCUUUGGGAGCUGUGGCUGCUCCCUGGUUGGGUAGCACAGGCAAAUGGUACCCCAGACCUGCCCAGUGGUCAACCCCCACCUUUGAACCCUGUGCGUUUUCUUGGCCAAGCUUUAGUGGGCAUCUAUUUUGGGGUAGUGGCUUUGAUUGGUCUCUCUACUCUGCCAGGUUUUUACCUUCUGGCCCUCCCUCUGGCUGUGGGUCUUGGAGUUCAUUUGGUGUCUGAAGUGGGCAAUCAAGCCUCCAAUCUCCAAGCAACCUUAAUGGCUGCCUUCAUAACUGCACCAAUCUUCUAUGGCCACCCUCUGGGGAUCUUGCCCAUUACUCUCACCACUAGCGUGACAGCCCAGAACUACCGAUCCUAUAAAACCAGCAAUCGCACCAAGAAGCUUAGCCUCCGACUUUACCGACUAGGCCUGGCCUAUCUGGCAUUCACAACGCCACUGGCCUACUCUGCCUUCAGCAACACAGCAGCCACGGCCAACUACAUAGCCAGCACGAUUGGAGCAGCUCUGGAUUAUGUCAGUGUCUUUCCAUCAUUGAGUGGAACAUUGGAAUCAGUGCUGCUUCUUCCCUACCGUGCCGGGAAAAUGCUGGGUUUAAGUGGUGGCUAUUUCCAGGAAUGGGAGAACAUUUUAAAAUUUGUACAGUCUUUCCAGAAUGAAAGACGUCAGAUGGCGUAUCAGAUCUUAGGUAUCUCCAAUGAUGCCACUCCAGAAGAAAUCACCAAAAGCUACCGGGAGUUGGUGAAGAUUUGGCAUCCUGAUCAUAAUCGACAUCAAAUAGCAGAAGCUGAAAGACGUUUUAUUGAAGUGCAAGCUGCCUACGAAUUCCUCAUGCAGGCAAAGAAGCCAAAAUCUGCAUGAUUGCAUUUAAGAUGGCACAGAAAUUCUAUUAGCAUCAAACAGCUGGAGAUUAAACUAUUAUUAUUAAAGUCAUAGUUCUCAAAAUAACAUGGACCAUGUUAUAAAUGUGUUAACUUUCUAUGUACUUUAAAUUUGUUAGAAAUUACAAAUACAACUGUUUUAUGAUCUUUCAUUAAAUGUUUUGUUAUAGUUCCAGGACUUUUUGGAUAAAUUGGGGAGUGGAAUUUCUUAUUGUACUGCAGUUUCACUAGGCUUUUUAUGAGAUACUGUCAGUCUCUUUUCAGGUUGCCGAUCCUCUGAUAUAAAGAGGGAAUUAGUUCCAUCAAUUUUUCUGGUUUCUGUCCCUGAAAUAUAUGUUCAGUAUAUUAAAAAGGUAUCUUAUUUAUCAAAUAAAUCCUACCACGUUGACAAUAAGAUGUACCUCAUCCUUUCUAAUUUCAGGGAAACUAAAACAAGAAUUGUACAGAGUCACCUUGUAGGGGGGAUAGGCGGCACAUAAAUUUAAUAAAUAAGUAAAAAUC